AUGAAACAUAACAAAUAAUAGAGUCACUACGUUCUGGACUUUUCAGAUAUAGAAGACAUCUCGGAUAAUGAGUCGGAGAGUUCUAAUAAGUCGAAUCAACAAUAAUAAAUAAAUCAAACUACUCCAACUCCAAACAGAAUAGAAUUGCAGAUGCCUAACUUGCAAGUGAAAAAAGAGACAGUCGAAAUUCCAUCCAUCUUAAUACAAGAAGAGGAAGAACCGGUAAUAAGGAGAAAGUUGGAUUUUUAAAAUUAACAAUGGUAGGUUAAUUUUGAUGACUUGUCGGAACAAGAUCAACAAGAGAGUGACAGGUCAGAAGUUGCCAUUGAAAUACCGAGAGACCCAAGUCCACCUACAGUAGCAGUUGAAGAACCUUAAUAUAUUGAACAAUAUUUUGAAGAUCAAAAUGUGAUUGAAGAGAUAGAUAUUGAAUAAGAGUAAUUGAAAAUGGAGUAGAGGAAGGAACAAUUGAAACAAGACCUAAUAACCAAAAAAUAAUAACAAUAAAAGCAGAUUCCAAAGGUUCAAUAGGUUUAAAAGGAUUAAUAAUAAGGCUAGGAAAUAAACUAAUAAAAAAAUAAAAAUUCUGAGGAUAAAUCAAAGUAAGUACAUAAAUAGAAAUUUUAUAAUCCAAAAAAUUCAUUGAUUUAUUUGAGAUUAAAAGGAAGGGAAGAUUUAUAUAAAAAAUAGGAGUAUGUAAUAGAUGAAUAGACCAAACCUUAAGAUUAGGAUGAAUUAUUAGAAGGACUGGAGUGCAUCAAUAAUUUAUUGAUUGGAUUAUCUAAGAUAAAAGAUAAGAAGGUAGGUGUUGUUGAGAAGUAAUAGAAGAUAUUACCAUUGUAAAUCUAAAAACAUAGAUUAGAUGAAAAAGGAGAUCAUCACAAGGAGUCGAAACUUCAAAAGAAAGAUGUAAAAGAAAAAGAAAAAGAAAAGGACAAUGAAUAAUAAAAGUAGAAUACUAAAGAUGCUCAAAAAAAGGAUCAAUAACAAACUGAAUUAAAUAUCAAAUAGUAAUAGUUACAAGAAGCACAAUAAGCUAGAUAGAUCAGACAUGAAAAGUAAUAGUAGGAGAAGGAAAAGUAACGACUAUUAGAAUAAAGGCAGGUUUAUAAGAUAUUAACAAAGAAGUAAGUUAACUAGGGAUUAGUUCUUUACAAGUGCUUAUUAAGAUAAAAGUAAAAGGACUCCAUAAAAUGGUUAAGAUAUACAGNCCAUCAAUUAACAUGUCCAAUUUUAAUGUUUAAUUAAAAUUUGAUAAUGAAUGUUUUUUUUUGGAAUUAAUAAAAAAAUCAUUCUUUUCUUUUUCUCAAUGCAAUUUAUCAUAAUUUGGUCUAAAGCAAAAUAUUAAAUAUGAAACAUAACAAAUAAUAGAGUCACUACGUUCUGGACUUUUCAGAUAUAGAAGACAUCUCGGAUAAUGAGUCGGAGAGUUCUAAUAAGUCGAAUCAACAAUAAUAAAUAAAUCAAACUACUCCAACUCCAAACAGAAUAGAAUUGCAGAUGCCUAACUUGCAAGUGAAAAAAGAGACAGUCGAAAUUCCAUCCAUCUUAAUACAAGAAGAGGAAGAACCGGUAAUAAGGAGAAAGUUGGAUUUUUAAAAUUAACAAUGGUAGGUUAAUUUUGAUGACUUGUCGGAACAAGAUCAACAAGAGAGUGACAGGUCAGAAGUUGCCAUUGAAAUACCGAGAGACCCAAGUCCACCUACAGUAGCAGUUGAAGAACCUUAAUAUAUUGAACAAUAUUUUGAAGAUCAAAAUGUGAUUGAAGAGAUAGAUAUUGAAUAAGAGUAAUUGAAAAUGGAGUAGAGGAAGGAACAAUUGAAACAAGACCUAAUAACCAAAAAAUAAUAACAAUAAAAGCAGAUUCCAAAGGUUCAAUAGGUUUAAAAGGAUUAAUAAUAAGGCUAGGAAAUAAACUAAUAAAAAAAUAAAAAUUCUGAGGAUAAAUCAAAGUAAGUACAUAAAUAGAAAUUUUAUAAUCCAAAAAAUUCAUUGAUUUAUUUGAGAUUAAAAGGAAGGGAAGAUUUAUAUAAAAAAUAGGAGUAUGUAAUAGAUGAAUAGACCAAACCUUAAGAUUAGGAUGAAUUAUUAGAAGGACUGGAGUGCAUCAAUAAUUUAUUGAUUGGAUUAUCUAAGAUAAAAGAUAAGAAGGUAGGUGUUGUUGAGAAGUAAUAGAAGAUAUUACCAUUGUAAAUCUAAAAACAUAGAUUAGAUGAAAAAGGAGAUCAUCACAAGGAGUCGAAACUUCAAAAGAAAGAUGUAAAAGAAAAAGAAAAAGAAAAGGACAAUGAAUAAUAAAAGUAGAAUACUAAAGAUGCUCAAAAAAAGGAUCAAUAACAAACUGAAUUAAAUAUCAAAUAGUAAUAGUUACAAGAAGCACAAUAAGCUAGAUAGAUCAGACAUGAAAAGUAAUAGUAGGAGAAGGAAAAGUAACGACUAUUAGAAUAAAGGCAGGUUUAUAAGAUAUUAACAAAGAAGUAAGUUAACUAGGGAUUAGUUCUUUACAAGUGCUUAUUAAGAUAAAAGUAAAAGGACUCCAUAAAAUGGUUAAGAUAUACAGAGAUUGCAUUAAUAAGCAAAGGUGAAAGUGAGAUCUUCAAUUUUGAAAAGAGACUAUCAGAUCAAUUAUUUAUGUAAUUGCACAAGGCCAAUAUGAGAUCAGUGGUAAUGACAAAAUAAGCUAUGUUUGAUGUAGUAACUAUACAUUAUGUAACUGAAUAAAAGGAAGUUGAGGAAGUCAAGUAAAAGGAUAAAGGAUAAACUGGGAAAAAUGAAAGAGAAAAUCAAAUUAUUGAAGAAAAAUAAAUAAAGGAGAAGAAAGCUACACAAAAUAAUGAUAAAAAGAAAAAGAAUUAGGAGUAAUAAAAGAAUGAGGUACAAUAAUAAAAGAGUGAUAAACAAUAAUAAAAGGGUGAUAAGAAAUAAUAAAAGGAUAAACAAUUAGUAUAGCAAUAGACACAAUAAAUGUAAUAGGAGAGUGAAAAGGAUUAAUAAGACGCUAAAAGAACAAAGAAUAAAGUUAGUUAUUUGGAAAGUGAUGAGGAAAAGAAAGAUGAGGAUCUUUUAGAUGCUGAUUCUAUUUAAAUAUUCAAAGUUACUUAAGAGAGAUAAAGAAAAAUAGAUAAGAAAGAAAAAGAAAAAGAGUAGAAACAAGCACAAAGUAAUUAGUAAUAGGUUGAAGAGUAAAAAUAAAUUGAAUCAAAUGAACUAAAUUAAAAACAAAUUAAUAAUUAAAAUAAAGAAUAAAAGAAAGUUAAAAAUAUAAAAAUUAAAGAAUGUCCAUUAAGUAGAUUGGAAACCAAUGAUGAAAUUAAGAAGAAAGAGUAAAUUAAUUAAAAAAGAAAAGAAAAACGAAGGUAGGAAUAUCAAUAAUAUUUGAAUGAAAUGGAGUAAGAACAAUUAGUUGAAGUUACUCACUCAAAACAAAAAAAGUUGUAAAAAGAGACUAAAUAAUAGGAAACCAAUAAAUAAUAAAACAAAUCAAGUAAUAAAGGUUCAAAAAUAAAUAAUUAAUAAGAAAUCUAAAAUUUGGAAGAACAAACUAAUUCAAAAGAUAAAGAAGAAACUAAGCAGUCUAAUUCUACCAAAAGAGGUGGAAGAUAAAGCACUAGAAAUCAUAAAUCACCAUCUCCAACGAAGGAAUCGAUCGAACCAGGUUAUGUGUCCUCCAAACGUAUAUAUGAAAAUAGAGAUCAAAAGAAAAAGAGACUCAAGGUUGUAGAGGAUGAAGAAUCUGAAUUUAGUGAACAAAAUGUUAAAUAACCGCAAAUAAAAGAGCAGAAGAAAAGAGUUAGAUAAAAAUGA